UGAUCAAGUGCGUGUGAAAGUUAUAGCAUUUACGGAAUGUGACUAGACGUUAGUGUAGAAGAAUCCCCUUCAGCAGCUUCGAAGCUAGAAUGUAAAUCUCUGAAGUGAGUUUCAGAAGGAUGAUGAACAUCUGUAAUAUCUCCACUAGUAGAGCUACUCUCGCCGUUGUGUGCAGAUUACGGCACUGGAUAUGGGGUCAUUUCAGCACCUACAGCACUGCGGCAAAACAGAGCAGCAAAGGUUGUUAUGGCAAUGACCUCCCCACAGAUGACCUCGGCCUGCCAGGGAGUCGGGUCAGGGCUCUAGAGGUCAAAGCCAGCCAACUGGAGAAGCAGGUCAGAGACCUCACAGAGCGAUACAACAGAGCCAUGGCCGAUUAUGACUUGGUCCGCAGAAGAACACAAAAGUUUGUUGAGGACGCCAAGUUGUUUGGGAUCCAGAGCUUUUGUCGGGACCUGGUGGAUGUAGUUGACCUAUUGGAGCAGACCACUAAAGAGGAACAUGGGGGUCAUGACCAAUCCACUACCAAUAAGCAGGGAGAUAUGGGUCAGACUACUGCUCACUCACAGGGGGGAAAAGAUGAAGGCCAGAGCCUGGACCGUAUCACUGCACAAGCACGGGGAGAGGGCCUGGAGGUGGGCCAGGACCAGACCGGCAGGGUGUCCAGGCAGCUGGCCCAAGUCCAGGCCAAGCUCCAGGAGGUCUUCACCAAGCACGGCCUGGAAAAGAUGCAGCCAAUAGGGUCCAGGUACGACCCCUACCAGCACCAGAUUGUCUGCCACACAGCUGCCCACCAGGAGGUGGAGCCCUCCACCAUCGCAGUGGUGAAGCAGGAAGGGUACAUCCUCCAUGGACGCACCAUUCGCCACGCCCUUGUGGGUAUCGCUGUGGCAACGCAGGGGAAGGGGUUGAAAGGUUCUGAUUAGUGUUGAAAAUUCCAGAACCAGAACACUCCUGAACCUGUUCUGGUACUUUUGGCUUUAAACUGACAUGUUCAGAAUGUAAGUGUUACCCAAAAGAUUAUAUGAAAGUGAAAAUUCUAAAGUACAUAUUUAGAAUGUUUUCUAUUCAACACCAUGCACUUAUUUGAAGGUGAUUAUAUGCACUUUAUAUGUUUGGAUCAACCUUUUCAGUUCUGUAUGAAUCAAUCUUUGGCACUGAUACCAAUGUGACCUUUGUGUGGGUUAUACCACUAUGUGGAGUGGACAAUAAAGAUCUACAUAGUAUUAUAUGUAUGGUUUCUCUGUUUGUGUGUUCGUGCAAGUCAAUAAACUAUCCAAAUGUCUGA